AUGUGGCGAAAAUGGGAUGUCCUCGAAUUGCGCACGACAAACGUUGCUGAGGCAUAUCACGGCAAACUACGGAAAUGUUGGGCAGGCACGUUUCCUCACCUUUUGAGGAGUUACUGCAGUGCAUACAACACACCAAGCGGUCUUCCCGAAAACGACGUCGUCUUACCUAUUUUUUCUUCAAGAGCAAUCAAGGAGAGUGGACAACUCAUGGUUACUUCACAUCAUCCUUCCCUAUUUUCUUUCGGAAAAGCAGAAGAACAUCCAAAUCCACCACUUCAAGCUCCCCUUUUAUGUGAUCCAGUUGAAGAAAUAAUCAUUGAAGAAAUCACCCUUGAAACGAAUGAAAACGGGAAAGGAGACACGACUACAUAA